GAGGAGGGAGGGAGUGUCUGCUCACUCCCAGGAGGAGCUCCUGACGGAGGAGCCCAGUGGCGGGAGUCCCAGCUCUGCCAAGUGGAACAAACUCGGAGGCCUCUCGGUCUGGAGGGUGCACCUCAGGGAGACUCCUCCGGAGUCAAGAAGGCCAGAGACGGGACCUCUGCGGGCAGAGGGCUGGCCGGCCCCAGGGGCUGCCGAUGUGGCCCCAGGGCUGAGUCCAGCCGGGGUCUGGCCUUGGCCCCAGCUCCCCAAGGAGCCGGUCCUACGCUCCAUGGGGCUGUCGUUGCCCAAGAAGAGGGGGCUCGCUCUCUGCCCAUGGAGAAGGCUCUGUAAGUGGAUGCAGCGACGAGAGUCACGUGCUCAGAGCCGAGAUGAGCAGAAUCUGCUGCAGCAGAAGAGGAUCUGGGAGUUCCCACUCCUCCGAGCUGCCAGAGAGAAUGAUGUCCAGACUCUCAACAAGCUGCUCGAGAGUGAGGCCUAUGAUGUGCACCAGAAAGGAGCCCUGGGGGACACAGCCCUGCACAUAGCCGCCCUCUAUGACAACCUGGAGGCCGCCAUGGUGCUGAUGGAGGCCGCGCCGGAGCUGGUCAAGGAGCCCAUGACAUCUGAGCUACUUGAAGGUCAGACGGCACUGCACAUAGCCAUCAUGAACCAAAAUGUGAACUUGGUAAAAGCCCUGCUUGCCCACGGGGCCAACGUGUCUGCAAGAGUUACAGGAUCCGACUUCCGCCUCAGCCCCGUGCCCAAUCACCAGGGCCUCACCCCCUUCAAGCUGGCCGGAGUGGAGGGCAACACUGUGAUGUUCCAGCACCUGAUGCAGAAGUGGAAGCACAUCCAGUGGACGUGCGGGCCACUGACCUCCACCCUCUACGACAUCACGGAGAUCGACUCCCAGGGGGAGGAUCCAUCCCUGCUGGAACUGAUCGUCACCUCCAAGAAGCGGGAGGCUCGCCAGGUCCUGGACCAGACGCCAUUGAAGGAGCUGGUAAGCCUCAAGUGGAAGCGAUACGGGCGGCCGUACUUCUGUAUGCUGGGCGCCAUCUACCUGCUCUACAUCGUCUGCUUCACCGUGUGCUGUGUCUACCGCCCCCUCAAGCCCAGGACCAGCAACCAAACCAGCCCCCGAGACAACACCCUCCUCCAGCAGAAGCUGCUUGAGGAGGCCUACGUGACCCCCCAGGAUCACCUCCGACUGGUGGGGGAGCUGGUGUCCGUCUUUGGAGCUGUGAUCAUCCUGCUCUUAGAGAUUCCAGACAUCCUCCGGCUAGGAGUCACCCGCUUCUUUGGACAGACCAUCAUCGGAGGGCCGUUCCAUGUGCUCUUCAUCACCUACGCCUGCACGGUGCUGAUGAUCAUGGUGAUGCGGCUCACCAGCACCAGCGGGGAGGUGGUGCCCAUGUCCUUUGCGCUGGUGCUGGGCUGGUGCAACGUCAUGUACUUUGCCCGAGGAUUCCAGAUGCUGGGCCCCUUCACCAUCAUGAUCCAGAAGAUGAUUUUUGGUGAUCUGAUGCGAUUCUGCUGGCUCAUGGCUGUGGUCAUCCUGGGCUUUGCCUCAGCCUUCUUCGUCAUCUUCCAGGCAGAGGACCCCAACGACCUGGGCCAUUUCUACAACUACCCUAUGGCGCUGUUCAGCACCUUUGAGCUGUUCCUCACCAUCAUCGAUGGCCCUGCCAACUAUGACGUGGACCUGCCCUUCAUGUACGGCAUCACUUACGCCGCCUUUGCCAUCAUCGCCGCUCUGCUCAUGCUCAACCUCCUUAUUGCCAUGAUGGGCGACACCCACUGGCGGGUGGCCCACGAGCGCGAUGAGCUCUGGAGGGCCCAGGUGGUGGCCACCACAGUGAUGCUGGAACGGAAGCUGCCUCGCUGUCUGUGGCCUCGCUCUGGGAUCUGUGGGCGCAAGUUUGGGCUGGGAGAUCGCUGGUUCUUGCGGGUGGAGGACAGACAGGAGCUCAACCGGCAGCGCGUCCAGCGCUAUGCGCAUGCCUUCUGCAACCCAGGCUCCGAGGACGACUUGGACAAAGACUUGGAAAAGACAGAAAAAACGUGGCUAGGCCACCCCUUUGGCCCCCACCUGUCCCUUCCUACCCCCUCGGUGUCUCGAAGUACCUCCCGCAGCAGCACCAACUGGGAGAGGCUUCGGCAGGAGACUCUGAGGGGGGUGGUCAACAAGGCUCUGGAAGACGGGGAGGGCUGGGAGUACCAGAUCUGAGUGCCUCCUCUUGCCUCGGCUCCUGAGAGCAUCAGGAAAAAAAAAAUUGCCUAGACCUCUACCCCCUUGACCUGGAAGAUUAGAGUAGGGUGAACCCAAGGAAUGCAAGUUGGGAACAACUGCCCCCAGGCUUCUACUUCCAUUCCAGGGCACCAGAAACUGAGGAGCUGGCCCCCGCCUCAGCUGAGCACAGGGCCCAGUGUCACCCACCCUGGCUAAACUGAAGGUGGCUGCACUGAGCAAAGCACUUUAAGAAAGGCUUGCUGCCUCGGACACCGGUCUCUACGGUGGUGUCACACCUGCAGACAGUUGAGGAGGCUGUGGAAAGGGGUGUGAAUGAGGGCACAGGUACUGCUUUGGGGGGAGGCCACCUCCUCCCUUCCAAUAAAGUCAUUUCCUGCUCA